AUGCUGCAGCUGGCUCCCCAGAUUCUUUAUAGGAAAGGCCUUGUCGACUCGCCAAACCCGGAAUUUGUGACACCAAAGGAGAGUGAGAAAAUCCCGCCAUGGCUAAAGAUUAUGGUGGGCGUGGACUCCCAGGGUACUGCAAUCCGUGGGAGGAAGCUGUCGGCUUGGGAACCGAAUAUGCCCAGCUUUGAAGACGAGCUUGAAAAUACAUUGGAGAUCAAUGCAAGGUCUUUGGGUUUGGUCUAG